GUACCAGCCCAAUCGCCUCUUCUCUUGCUUUGGACCUCCUGUCUCAUCUAUGCUGGAGAUGGACCCCGACUGCUCCUGUCCAACAGAGGAAUCCUGCACCUGCACCAGCUCCUGCACAUGCAAAGACUGCAAAUGCACCUCCUGCAAGCAGAGCUGCUGCUCAUGCUGCCCCGUGGGCUGUGCCGAUUGUGCCCAGGGCUGCAUCUGCAAGGGAGCAUCGGAUGAGUGCAGCUGCUGUGAGUGACGUCGGGGAGAGCCUGUUCCCAGGUGUAGAGCAACAUGUUCAAACCUGCAUUUUUUUCCCCAUUCCACACUGACCCGUUUGCCACGUUCUUUUUUCUGUGAAAUACAUAAAUGAUAAUAAAAGUUGUUGCCUUUA